AUGUUCAACACUUCAAUGAGCUCGUUCGUGCCGCGUGACCGUAGAGUGGGGGUCGGGAAGAUCGUCACCUUGUGGCCCUACGUAGACUACGCAAAGAAGCAGCAGGUUGGUCUCAGUGCAUGCGGCCUUGGCAAGCAAUACGCACUUUUAGGAUUUCUGACCAACUGGCACUCGUGCUUCUGCGGCAAUUCGACGUCAAAGUACUUCGGCGCUCCCACCCCAAGGCUGCAAAGCUACCUUCAGGGUCAGGGGUAA